CCUACAUAGCCCAAGAAUGAAUCAUUCUUCCCACUGUGUGUGCGUGUGUGUGCUGUGGAGAAUAAAAUCUGUGCUUUAAAAGCAGCAGACGAUUUACUCCAACAAAACAUCUGCAUAACUUCUCUGGAACCACAACACUGAGACAUGUCUAAGCUGGAGAUAGCCAUCGUGGCCAUAGUGGAGGUGUUCGAGGGGUAUGCAGGAACAGAUGAGAAGAAGUCCCAGCUCAGUAAGGCUGAACUCGGACAGCUCAUUAAAGCCCAACUGACCAGUCCUGAAUUUAAGGAUAAAGUGGAUCCAGAGAAUAUUAAGGAGGUGAUGGAAGAACUGGAUAAGAACCAUGAUGGAGAAGUGAACUUCCGUGAAUUCAGUCAGUGUAUUUCUGGUCUAGCCAGGGCCUACUAUAUGAAGAAGCACGGCAAGGAAAAUAGCAGAGGGGGUCAGGAUAAGUGAACACACGUCC